GCACCGGGCAGAAGAAGUUGCAUCUCUUGUGUCUUCAUAGAAAACUGGAAAAUAAAAAAAAUUAUAAUUUUAUUAAAGGGGAAAAAAAACCAUGGGGAUUUUCCGGAGGAGGAGGAAAUGGAGCUGGACUCGGGUUUGGGUUUUAUUUGUGAUGGUGGCUGCGGUUUGGGCGCAAAGGGUCAAUGAUCCCAGUAACAUGUCCCUGGUGAAGGAAACUGUGGACCGGCUGCUGAAGGGAUACGACAUCCGACUCCGACCCGACUUCGGAGGUCCUCCAGUGAGAGUGGGUAUGAACAUCGAUAUCGCCAGCAUAGACAUGGUAUCAGAGGUCAACAUGGACUACACCCUCACCAUGUACUUCCAGCAGGCGUGGCGAGAUAAACGCCUCUCGUACUCGGAGAUCCCUCUGAACCUCACGCUGGAUAAUCGGGUGGCUGAUCAGCUGUGGGUCCCAGACACGUACUUCCUAAAUGACAAGAAGUCCUUCGUUCAUGGUGUUACAGUGAAAAACAGGAUGAUCCGCCUCCAUCCAGACGGCACCGUGCUCUACGGGCUCAGGAUCACUACAACCGCAGCCUGCAUGAUGGAUUUGAGACGAUAUCCGCUGGAUGAACAAAACUGUACUCUGGAAAUCGAGAGCUACGGCUACACGACGGACGAUAUCGAGUUUUAUUGGCGAGGUGAAAACAACGCCGUGGCAGGAGUGGAGAGGAUCGAGCUGCCUCAGUUCUCCAUCGUCGACUACAAGCUCAUAGCCAAGAAGGUGGUUUUCUCUACAGGUGCUUACCCUCGCCUGUCCCUCAGCUUCAAGCUGAAAAGAAACAUCGGCUACUUCAUCCUGCAGACCUACAUGCCCUCCAUCCUGAUCACCAUCCUGUCCUGGGUCUCCUUCUGGAUCAACUACGAUGCCUCUGCUGCCCGAGUCGCUUUAGGUAUCACAACCGUGCUCACCAUGACGACCAUCAACACACACCUGCGAGAGACGCUUCCUAAAAUCCCGUACGUUAAAGCCAUCGACAUGUACCUGAUGGGCUGCUUCGUCUUCGUCUUCCUCGCCCUGCUCGAGUACGCGCUCGUCAACUACAUCUUCUUUGGGCAAGGACCUCAGCGGCAGAAGAAAGCAGCGGAGAAAGCGUCCAACGCCAACAAUGAGAAAAUGAGGAUGGAUCCCAAUAAGUGGUUGAUGGGAAAUGUAGUUCAGAGAAACGAUGCUCUGUAUGCCAGAAUGAAACCGAGGGAUAUUGACGCUCAUGACUCGAUGUGGGAACCGAUCUUUGUGGACGAUGCGGCGAUAGGACUAGGCGAUCAGAAAAAUAAGAUGGACCCUCACGAGAACAUCCUCCUCACACCUCUGGAGAUGAAGAACGAGAUGUCACCGUCCGAAUUAGCUCUCGGGCUCAGCGACCCGCGCAGCACCAUGCUAGCGUAUGACAGCUCGGCGCUACAGUACCGGAAAGCAGGACUCGCUCAACAGAACUUCGGCCGGAACGCGCUGGAACGUCACGUCGCUCAGAAGAAAAGUCGACUGCGGAGACGCACCUCGCAGCUGAAGAUCAACAUCCCCGACUUGACUGACGUGAACUUGAUCGAUAAGUGGUCGAGGAUGAUCUUCCCCACCGUCUUUUCCUUUUUCAACGUCGUCUACUGGCUCUACUACAUCAACUGA